CCCGGGCCACGCCCACAUCAGCCAUGGAGGACCGCCGGCAGAGAAUGCGGGCAUAUCGGCGGGCCCGUCGGAAGUUUGCCUGCAUUGUCUAUAUGGUGACCAUAGCCUGGAUGGUUUUGGCCCUAUUGCAAUGGCUACUUGUCAGCAUAAUCACUGACAUAGGCAUGGCCUUUACCAACUUUUACUGGAUUAGUGUCAUUUUCUUUGCCGUGGCCAUGAUAAUGGUCACGUUGUUCAUAUUCUUCGAGAAGAUCCGCUUCAUCGUUGGCCUUAACUGGUUGAUCACCGUGCUGAUAGUGGAGUUUGUGAUUAUAGGUAUUUUUGCUCUGGUGGCCCGAUCUCUUUGGCCGGAUAUGUUGAUGUGGUUUUUCAUCUGCAUGCUGCUGAUCUUCCUUUUUGUGAUGCUGGGAUCCAUAAUACCACAUGACCUUACAUUGGAUGUCGUAAUUCUGUUUGUGAUAGCCUUUAUUUUCCUGAUCGUCACCAUCUUCUUUGUCAUGAUGCACAUUCUGAUAGCCAUGCCGUACUCCUUCAUGAUCUUCCAGAUCUUCAUCAGCGUGAUUGUGCUAUUGUUCGUGAUGUACCAUGCUCAGACCAUCAAUGGUGGACGCUUUGCCGAGAUGCGACUCAACGAUCAUCUGCUGGCCUCGCUCAUCCUCUUCCACGACUUCAUCAUCCUAUACCUACUGACUUUCUAUGCUCAGAUUGUCUACCGUUUCGCCUCGAGGAACUCGAAACCUAAUUCAACUGUUUAUGAGUUAUGGAAUGCGACGACCCCGUAUGACUUAGAUAAUAUUAUCAUAGAAGACUAUGACGAAUCCACCGAAGGAGGCUCCCGCGAUGAAGCCCUAUCGCCUGGUGGUUAGGCAUCCUGAAAAUCAACAAAUAGUAAUAAAAAAAUAUUCGAA